AGGGUAUAAUGGUCAAUUGCUUUUCAGUAUACCUUUAGUAUUUUUAUUUUCAUUUUUUUCUUUCCUUCUCAAUUGCUCAAACACAGAACCACGCGAGAGAAAACCUUCACUUCUCAUCGCAACCUCACUUCUCAUCGCAAAAACCACGCGACAAACCUCCAUCAUCGCCAUCUUCAUCGAUUCUCAGCUCAAGCUUCUCCCUCUCUCCAAAAUUCCUUCUCCCUCUCUGCGACAAAGCCCUAACAGAUUUGUCCCCUCUCUUUGACGAAAUCAGAGAUGUUACUACCUUGAACUCAUUCAUCCGAUUCAAGUUUUGUGGUGACACUUGCACUCAAAAUAAAAAUUUCAUGGACUGUUCUAAUAAGACGGUAGAUUGUGGUAGUAGUGGUCAUGAAUUUAUUGAAGUUGACAAGUUUCAAGAUGAUGGCACAUCUUGGGAGCCGGCAAAAGAUAUGUGUUUUUCUUCCGCGGACGACGUUAAAUCUUUUUAUCGGGAGUAUGCUCUGAGAAAGGGGUUUGGGUGGAAGAUUAGAACAUCAAGAAAAGGGGAUGAUGGAGAAUUAUGCUACUUGAUGCUAUCAUGCUCAAGAGAGGGGUAUUCAAUCUCAAAUGUUCCAUGUACAUUGAAGACAAAUCCGACAAGGGUGAAACAAUGUCCUGCUAGGUUGUGUAUCAAGAUGGAAGAAGAUGGAUUGUGGUACAUCAAAAAAUUUGAUCCUAGCCAUUCUCACGAGUGCAGUCCUACAAAGGCAAGGUUGUUCAAGGCUAACAAGAAAAUUAACUUGCAUGUGAAGAGGACUAUUGAAAUCAAUGAUGAUGCAGGAGUAACGAUCAACAAGACUUUCCAAUCUCUUGUUAAAGAUGCGGGCGGGCAUGAAAAUAUACCAUUUUGUGAAAAAGACGUGAGAAAUUAUGUUAACAAGGAACGGCGUGCAAUUGGAAAAGAAGGUGAUGGUCAGGCUCUCAUAAACUAUUUUUUUGAAAUGAGGGAACAAAAUGCAAAUUUCUUCUACGAGAUAGAUGUAGACAAUGAAUUUCAUGUAAGAAAUGUGUUUUGGGCCGAUGCAAUACAUACAUCUGCCGGUGCAAAUGCAACUGUCUUGCAACCUACUCUAAAUCCAUGACUAAUAGAGU